AUGGACGACAAAGAGAAAUGGAUCCUUCGGCCCAUUUAUGCGGGCAGUCAGGAGCCCAGUGAAGGCUUCUGCAAGGAGCCCAGUGAGGGCUUCUGCAAGGAGCCCAGUGAGGGCUUCUGCAAGGAGCCCAGUGAGGGCUUCUGCAAGGAGCCCAGUGAGGGCUUCUGCAAGGAGCCCAGUGAGGGCUUCUGCAAAGAGCCCAGUGAGGGCUUCUGCAAGGAGCCCAGUGGCUUCUGCAAGGAGCCCAGUGAGGGCUUCCGCAAGGAGCCCAGUGAGGGCUUCUGCAAGGAGCCCAGUGAGGGCUUCUGCAAGGAGCCCAGUGAGGGCUUCUGCAAAGAGCCCAGUGAGGGCUUCUGCAAGGAGCCCAGUGAGGGCUUCUGCAAGGAGCCCAGUGAGGGCUUCUGCAAGGAGCCCAGUGAGGGCUUCUGUAAGGAGGCUUGCGCCGCCCUGCGCCCGCGCCGCCAGCGGCCGGGCGCCUCGCCGCUACCAGCGCGCGCCGCCCUGCGCCUGCUCCGCGUGCCGCGCCGCCUCCGCGCCCGCGCGCGCGCGCCUCCAGCGCGCCGCCGCGGCGCCGCCGCCGCCAAGCCGCCGCUGGCGCGGUGCGUCCCAGCUUCGCGCGCCUCCGCGGGCCCGCUGCCCUGCCAGCCCGCUGCCCUGCCAGCGCUGGAGCUGGAGCUGCGGCGCGCGCUGGAGCUCGUCGCCGAGGUGCGGCGGCUCGUCCUCGAGGGCAAGCACGACCCCGCCGCAGGGAACGCGGAGGUUCAGGGCUGCCUCAGGAGACUGAGUUCCGCCGAGGCGCAUUGGCAGGCACUGCUGGCUGCCCGAGGUGCCGCUGGCGCGGGCUGA